AUCACCUCCCGUCGACCGGAGGAGACUCGUGCCACCGGAGCUCCUCAGACGUCAGCUCGCGCUCACUGCAGGAAUAAUGUCCAUAAACCCACCGGCCGUCCGGUGCUGAGGAGACACCGACACCCGGUGAUGAAGGGGGGACAGGGAGAGGUCGGAAUCCGCCUCACGCGCACCGACUCCGCGGGUUUGUACCGGGAAAUGACGGAGGAGUACACACCGAGGGCUGCACACUAACCCGGCCGUGACCGACCUAUUAUCCUCCGGUCUGCAGGAGCUGCCGCCGCCGGCGAUCUGACCGGAAACAACACCGCCGAGGGCUCUCAUUUUAGUGUAGAGCGUCAGACUGAAUUUACCAACGCACCAUGUCAGGUCACUCACUCUCCGGGACCGCCAGUGUUACUUGAAUAAGUAAACACUGACCAACGGGACCAGACUGGCCGACCCGUAUGCUCUCACUCAGUGGAUGGAUGAUGUCACAGGAAGCCAAUCUUACAAAGGAGGACCACACUUGUUUGUUUUGCUAUGGAAGCUAACGUUAGCUAAUGUGCUAAAAAGUUAGCGUUCCAGAGAAAUCCAAUAUUCCUCUUAAUCCCUCCCCAGUUUCUGAUGAGGUGGACAUGAUAACCCUUAAUACACAUAACCUUAUUCAUCCCUACAACAGGAAAUACUUUUUCCCUAACCUGAUAUGAAGUGUGCGCUGCACAUGUGAGCAUUUUUGAUGAUGGCCUCCGUCCAGUCCUUUGGUCUUAUCACAUUUAACCAUAGUUGUCUUUGUUUUUGUUGACGGGCAGUGGCGGCUGGUUUUGAGCCAUGACUCCUUCUAUUCUGGCUCCCAAUAACACAACAAGACAAACUGAAGUGAAGUUGAACCGAACCAAACAGUGCAGGUGUGACAGCACUCUAAAAUGCAGUGAGUCAACUUUCCAAGUUCACUGAAGUUGAAUAGAUUGAAACAUUUAACGUCUCUAUUGUUUAGAGUAAAGACUCUGAAAGCUUCAUGUCUCACAUCAGACUGACUCAUAUAAACAUUAUUUAGCUGCAGUUUCCACAGCUCUGUUUGUCAUCCAUCUUGGAUCAAGUUGUGACUCCUCAGAGAAGCGUCCAGUGUCCUGGCUCAGACUCUGGUUCAGUCUCCACUGAGGCAGCAUGUGUUUGACUGACAGCCACUGGGGGGCGCCACAGUGUGAGGCGGCCUCAUGAAGCUUCACAGAGUGCAGAAGUGAGGAGAGAGUGUCGGGCGACCAGCUGGAACUGUGUUUGUUUAUCUACAGGAAGUUUUCUCUGACACACACUCUGCCUUCCUGUAUGUGGGCGAGUCCUGAGCGAUUACAGGAAGUCAGGAUCGACUUCUCUGGGGUGGACAGAUAAGAGGUAGAGUGUGUGUGUGUGUGUGUGAUGCAGCAGCUCGUUGUGUGGUUUGUUAAAAGGGGAAAUCCCUGUGAGGUGUUGAGGAAGAGGAGGUGAUCAGUGUUCAGGCUGGACAACAUCUCCCAGCAUGCCUCGGGUCAUCUGUGGGGCCCUCUGGAGAAAAGGACGUCUGCUCUGCUGCACACACACACACACACACACACACACACGAUCAUAGAUGUGAUCUGGGAGCAGGUGGACUCAUUUGAAUGAAUUUGCAUGUUGAUGUGGACUGAAGUUAGUGAAGCAGAUUAAACACCAACGUUUCAACUCAUCAGCUCGUUCUCAGGUUCAUGUUCGUAUUUUCGGUGCAAAGUCAAGGAAGGAUCCUGAAAGGUUGAAUUUCAAGGACUCUACGUCAUCGACCCACUGAAGGACUGUUCCAGUGUCAAGGAUCCUUCGGAUUCUACCAAGGACUGAGUCCUUCUUUCAGAGAAAUUCCAAGGAUGCAUGUGUAGAUCCUCAGCAGGUAUAAAAUCCCCACAAUGCUUUGCACACGAUUUGCUGGAAGUGAGCACCUGUGCCGUCGGAGCUCGGCAGGAUUUAGACAAGGGGUGUUGACAGGACGUGUGUGUGUGUGUGUGUGUGUGUGUGUGUGUGUGUGUGUGAGCCGUCAUGUUCAGAAACAGCCUGAAGAUGCUGCUGGGAGGUAAAGGCCGUAAGAACAGCGGCGGUGGAGGUGGUCCAGAGUCAGAGGGGUCAGAGGUCAGGAUGAUGGAGGGAUUCACUCGUUCACUUCCCUCGUCUCCCCUCCUCAACCUUCGUCUGGCCAAAAGACCUGGUGAGGAUGAGGAGUUAGGACCACCGCCCUCAGUGGACGAGGCGGCUGACGCUCUGAUGACCAGGCUGGGCUUCCUGCUGGGGGAGAAGAUCAUCAGUGGAGAGCCGGGGUCGCCGUACCACGCCCAGGAUGAUGGACAGAGGAUCUCUCCGUCCUCCAGCCUGGCGAGCAGCAGCACCUCCCCCUGCUCCACCCUGCAGCCUCCUGCUGGAGGAGAGGGCGGCAACAACAAGCACGCCUCCUCCAACCACGCCUCCGUCACCUCCCCCACCUCCACGCUGGAGAGCAGAGACAGCGGCAUCAUAGCCACACUCACCAGCUACUCUGCCGAGUCCGCCGCAGAGCGGGACGACGGCGGCGGCAAGUGUCCCGGUGACGGUUACCAUGGCAGCAGCCUGAAUCUGUGGCAGCAGGGGGGCCGGCCGGUGGUGGCCUCCACGUCUUCUUCCUCUAUGGUGGCAGCAGGAAGUGUGAAAGAUGGCUUCCUGUACAGCACGGAGGACGUCAUGGCCGCCUCCACUUACAGCCUCAACAAACUCCACCCAGACCGAGGCCCUGGCUCCGCCCGCUCGUCAGGCUCCACCCACUCCAUUCCUCUCUACCUCAUGCCCCGGCCGAACUCAGUGGCUGCCACUAGCUCCGCCCACCUUGAAGACCUGGCCUAUCUGGAUGAGCAGCAGAGACACAUCCCGUCGAGGACGUCCCUCAGGAUGCCCAGACAGAAUUCUGGGAGUCGUAGUCAGCAGGACCACAGAGUUCGUUUCACUCCCUCUCUCAACCUGAAGCCGCUCCACUUUGAGGUUUCCGGUCUCUCGUCUGAUUGGCUGUUCACUGGCAGGGAGUGGCUUUUCCAGGAAGUGGAUGCCUGUCUUCACAGCGGCGACCCAGCGACCAGUCGGGGCGUGGUGAUCGUCGGCAACAUGGGCUUCGGCAAAACGGCCAUCAUCGCCCGUCUGGUGGCUCUCAGUUGUCAUGGAAACCGCUUGUGGCCCACCGCCGAAAGCAGCCAGACGAUGCCCAAACAUGCAGAGGCUGUUUCUUUCUCCCACGACUCCCUGGGAAGAGGAGGAGGAGGAGAUGAAGGAGGAGGAGGAAGCUGUCCAGGGACUCCAGAGAUGAGGAGGAGGCAGGAGGCAGCGCUGAGGAGGCUCUCAGGACAGGUCGUCUCGUAUCACUUCUGUCAGGCUGAUAACUGUCACACCUGUCUGGUUCCCGAGUUCGUCCACAACAUGGCGGCGAUGCUGAGUGACGCCCCUCAGCUGUCGGUCUAUAGAGAGCUCCUGCACCGGUCGCCACAGCUGCAGAGCACGCUCAGUCUGCGCUCCUGCAUCCAGGAUCCCAGCUCCGCCCUCCAGAAAGGAAUACUAGAACCACUGGACGCUCUCUACAGAGAGAGGAAGUUACACGUGGAGGGGGCGGGGCUUAUUGUGCUAAUCGAUGGACUGAAUGAGGCAGAGUUCCACCGGCCAGACUACGGUGACACACUGACUUCCUUCCUGAACCGAAAUAUCCAGAAAUUUCCUUCCUGGUUGAAAGUCAUCACCACUGUGAGGACCGGACAGCAGGACGUCACGCGCUCUCUGCCGUUUCACUGCAUCUCUCUGGACAGGAUGGAGGAGAACAGCGCCAUAGACCAGGACCUGCAGGGUUACCUGAUGCAGCGUAUCCACAGCAGCGCAGAGAUCCAGAGCAACGUGUCGCUGAGCAACGGUCGCCUCGACAACACGGCGCUGGCCAAGCUGAUCAGCCACCUGAAGAGCCUGAGCAGGGGCUCGUACCUGUACCUGAAACUGACCCUGGAUCUGAUCGAGGGAGGAUACCUGGUCCUGAAGAGCUCCAGCUUCAAGGUGGUCCCUGUGAGUCUAGCUGAAGUCUACCUGCUGCAGCUCAACAUGCGGUUUCCCACCCAGUCAUCUUUCCAGAGAGUUCUGCCACUUCUCAACGUGACUGUGGCGUCGCUGCACCCACUGACCGACCAGCAGCUGUUUGAGGUGGUAAACGCCGGCGCUCUGAGCGGAGGGACGCUGCACUGGGGAGAGUUUGUGCACCGGGUGGAGCAGCUCUCGCCUUUCCUGCUGCGACGGAGCGACGGCAGCAGGAUGCUGAACCACGCCUCUUUCAGGGAGUGGCUGAUGUGGAGAGAGGAGGGUCAGGACGACAGGUUCCUCUGCGACCCCAGGAGCGGUCACACUCUGCUGGCGUUCUGGCUCUGCAGACAGGACGGAAAGUUGAACCGACAGCAAACACUGGAGCUGGGACAUCACAUCCUGAAGGCUCACAUCUACAAGGGUCUGAGUAAGAAGCUCGGGGUCUCCUCGUCAGUCCUGCAGGGGCUGUGGUUGUCCUACAGCACAGAGAGUCUGAGUCCUGCUCUGUCGUCGCUGAGGAACCUGUACACCCCCAACAUCAAGGUGAGCAGGCUGCUGAUUAUGGGCGGGGCUGAUGUGGAUGUGCGGAGUGACGUCCUGAACAACGCCCCCCUGCUGUGCGUCCAUGCUCACCUGGGACACAGAGACGCUGUGGCGCUGCUGCUCGACCUCGGAGCUCAGGUGGACGCUCAGUCACAUGAUGGUCUGACUGCGCUGGGAUUCGCUGCUGCAGCCGGACAUCUGGACAUCGUCACCAUGUUGAGUCAGCACAGAGCAAAGGUGGGACACGUGGACAGCUCAGGUCGCUGUGUGUUGGUGCACGCCGCUCAGCGCGGUCACCUCAACGUGCUGAGCUUCCUGCUGAAGCGUGCGGACUGGAGCUGCACUUCCUGCUGCGGCCAGAGGGAGGCGAGCAGGCGUCAGGCACUGCAGCAGGCGCUGACCGCAGCCGCCAGCAUGGGCCAAUCAGAGCUGUUGUCGUACCUCCUGGAUCUCCCAGAGGAAGACGAGGAAGAGGAGGAGAGACCUGAGAUCAACACAGCCGACAGUCUGUGGGGGGAGACAGCUCUGACAGCAGCAGCAGGAAGUGGCCGCCUGUCUGUCUGCAGACUGUUGUUGGAUCAGGGAGCGGCUGUAGAACAAGGCAACAGGCGCGGCGUCACUCCGCUCGUCAGCGCUGUGAGACGAGGACACUGGCAGGUGGUGGAGCUCUUACUGAGUCACGGGGUGGAGGUCAACACGAUGGACCAGCAGGGUCGAACUGCUCUGAUGACGGCAGCCUCAGAGGGACAUGUGACCAGCGCCCAGCUGCUGCUGGAUCAUGGAGCGUCUCUUGAGCAGACGGACAGGGAGGGGUUAACAGCGCUGAGCUGGGCGUGUCUCAAAGGCCAGCUCCCAUUGGUCAGAGAGCUGGUGGAGAGAGGAGCAGCCACGACUCACGCUGACCGCAGCGGACGCACACCUCUGGAUCUGGCUGCGUUCCGCGGUGACCCUGAAGUGGUGCAGCACCUGGUGGAUCACGGUGCGUCGGUGGAGCACGUGGACUGCAGCGGGAUGCGUCCUCUGGACCGGGCGGUCGGCUGCAGAAACACCUCAGCAGUCAUCGCUCUGCUCAAAAAGGGAGCCAAGAUUGGACCAGCGACGUGGGCCAUGGCGACCUCUAAACCCGACAUCCUAAUGGUUCUGCUCAGUAAACUGAUCCAAGAGGGAGACAGACUGUACAAGCAAGGUAAAGUGAGGGAAGGAGCUCACUCCUACCAGUCGGCUCUCCAGAAGUUUCCAGGCGACGAGCUGAAGACGUUCAGACAGCUGAGAGUGUGUGUGCUGCUCAACCUGUCCCGCUGCCACCGCAAGAUGAACGAUUUUGGCCUCGCUGAGGAGUUUGCAACCAAGGCGCUGGAGCUGAAAGCAAAAUCCUACGAAGCCUUUUACGCCCGAGCCCGUGCCAAACGUGGACGCAGACAGUUCCAUGCCGCCCUGGAGGACCUGAUUGAGGCGAGCAACCUGUGCCCAACCAACCGGGAGAUCCAGCGCCUGUUGUCCCGGGUCAAAGAGGAGUGUCGGCAGGCUGCACAACAACAACAAGACUCUCCCCCUCCUUCGUCACAUCGUGUUCAUCAACAAAACGUGGCCGUUAAUGAGGCCUGGAGCAGAGACUCAGGUUGUCUGCAGGUGCAGGACAGGGAGGGGCUUACUGAGGAAGAAGAGGAAGAGGAGCAAAGGGAGGAGGGGAGUCACAGGGAAGGAGAUGCUCCUCCUCCUCACUCCUCCUUCCACCCUCCACCUGUGGUUCAAAGUCUUGACACCCACGGCCGCCCUGGCGUGCCAUCAUCCUCCUCUCUUUCUCCCACUCACCUGUAUCGUCACCUCCCCAGCCCCACCCACUCCCCGUCUUCUCCAUGUCACUCUGCGCCUCCUCCUCUAUCCUCCUCUUAUCCCCAUUUCAGCCCUCCUCCCUCCCCGAUGCAGCAUCAGCGACCCAGUCCAAUGUCGGAAAGUAUGCCUGCGUUGUCAGGGAAUGGAGGUCACCACCACCACCACCACCACCACCACCACCAGAGCCAGGGAGGGCAGCAGCUCUACCACCUGUCCAAUCAGAGAUCCUUCCAGAAGCAGAACACUGUUCAAGGCCAGUGGCUCCAACCAGCCAAAGUCCAGGUCGUCAGAACCAGUCAGCCCAGUUCCUCGGCCCACUCCAGCAUGAUUUCUGCUUACUCCCAGUUUGGCCAAUUGCCACAAGAACUGGCCGAGCUGGGGGAGGGCAUCUGCCCGAACCCCCUCGACAUCAGGCCCAGCCUGCAGGCCCAGGCUGGUCUGAGCUCUGCAGCUUCAUAUCCACUGAAUGAUGAAGACGUUGACUUGGUUUGCCAGGUAAGACCUGCACCAGCCUACGGGAGAGAGGGAGGAGGGGAGAGGGCGGGUGUAAAUCGAUUUGGCCAGUCCCGUCACUUCACUCGCAACCAAUCCAAAGCAGCCUACUACCCCAUGGAAGUUACCGAGUCGACAGUGGAACCUCCUGACAGCCUUCCACCGUUGCACGAUUUCCAAUACCAGUAUCAGGGGGGACUACGACGCCCGCUCAGUGCCCACCCAACCUCCGCCCCGGCUCCUCCCCCCAGGCCUCUUGCCCACUCCCAGGGUAUCAGUGUCCAUUUCUCCACCAGCAGCGGCAGCCUUGCAGGUGGGCAGCCCGGUAAUCACAGCCAAGGCUUUAGGACCUCAGCCUCUGUCCAACACAUGGAUUCACCUUCAGAUCUGACCUCGGUUGGAGGGGUUACUGGUUACCAUGACGAUCUCUUUUUGAUCUCCUCUCCCCAAUCAGAAAUAUGCAUGGUCGGAGGCGGGACCUAUCCUGGAGAGGCCGGCCGAUCAUCUAGGAACACUCCUUUUAUGGGCAUAAUCGACAGGACGGCGAGGGUUCAGCCGCAGUACCAACAACAGGCUCCAUCCAGUUCAGCGUCCUGUCUCAGCCCGUCUCGCUCCUGGGCCGUCUCGUCAGUGGACACGGUUGUAACCUCACCCAGCAAAGCCCCCACCACUCAAGGAGGCUACGGUCAACCCCAGCCAUCCUCCAUCGCCUACCACAACCGCAGCAACAACAACGCCCACAAUGACAACCAGCGCGACUACUAUCCUCAGGGUGAAGGCUCGGUGCACAUCGCCAGUCAGAAUCCCUCCUACCUGGAUGUGAAGCUGGCCCGAACGCUGCCGGUGAUUCAUAGCUGCUCAGACAGACCCAGUGACAGACAGACGGGCCCUACCUCUCCUGUCAAACCAAAAAGACCUUUUGUAGAGUCCAACGUAUAGAGAGAGGUGUAAAUGUCAAGUCAGAAAUAUGAGAGGAGGGUUAAAAAAGAGCGGUUAAAAAGAAACUAGUGCACUCAUGUAUUCCAGUAAUGACUGGGACUGUGGAAUAAUUAGAGCCGGACUAUGCUUGAAAUGGACAUGUAUGACGUUAAGAGGGGCACGGCACAAUAAAUGUUCGAAUAGGGGUAACAGCACACUCCCUGAAGGUCUUUAAAGUGUAUGGUUUUGUGCACUUGUACACAUGAAAAGUUGAUGUUGAGAGAAGAACAAAUCCUGCCUACGUUUUUACUUCCACGCACCUUGUCAGAGGCUACGUUGAAGUUUCUGUGCUCUUCGGAAUUUUUCGGAAUGUGAAGCACUUCCUUCGAAACAUAGUGACUCGUUUAUUGUUCAGAAAAGGUAGGGAAGAGCGGAAGUUAUACAUUUGAUAUGGAACAUAUUUCCUGUUUACAGGUGAGGUCUGUCUGUUAACCAACCAGAGACAAAGAAAAAAAGCAAGGACAAAGAAAAUGGAGCAAAAAAACAAACAAAACUGAAGCCGAAUGCUGCCAAAGUGCCAAAACCUGCACUUCCUCUGUCUGGCUCCAAGAGCGAGUCCCCAUAGACCCCCAUGUUAAAAUGUAGGAAUACACGUUUACAGCCUGGUACAGAAAACAGUUUUGGUCUCAAUUGCUAAUUUGAACGUUCAUAACAACUGUACAGGGCUGAAGUUUUAUACAACUCACCUGUUUACAUUUUAUUAAGGUUUAAAGUCACUCAAAAUUAAGGGCGUGGCCACUUUGAGUGCCAGGCUGUCUGCCAGGCGUCACCACAGCCAAUGAUACCUCUUUUCCACCAAAUUAGCUCUGGUUCCUAAACUGGUUCUGUCCGGGAUUCUCAGAACCUUGGUGCUAUCUUCCAAACCAGCCCGCAAUUCCACCACCUUUGUAUGGAACCAUUGUAAUCAAGGAUGUGUCAUCAACAAAGGGUGUUGCACAAUGCAAAAUGGAAGUUAACAGUAGUAGCAAGAUGGAUUGCAUUGAUUAUUAAUACUAAUACUAUUAAUGAGACCACUGCGCACCAAGCCUUGAGCAUCCUCUCUUUCCAACCUGUAGAAUAUGAUGCGCCUACUGAUGCUGUGUCAUGAUUUGCACUUCAGGUUGUGAGGUUUUUUGGUUCCAGCUGAGAAUGACCUUUUCAGGGUUCCAAAUCUGCGAUGAACCAGUGCGCGAUGCCAGGGAUCAGCACUGUCGCCUGGCACACAAUGCACCGAACCCUGAUUCUGUCCCUGCGGGUGGUGGGCCCACAGCGUGCUGCUCUAUGUCUUUGGGCAUUGCCCAAGGCCUGGCCACGAGACGCUCGCUGGCAAGACUGAUAGAAUGGGAUAGCAGAUACAAGCAGCCAAAAUGAGUUUCCUCUGUAGGGUGGCUGGGCUCAGCCUUAGAGAUAGGGGGAGGAGCUCAGACAUCUGGAGGGAACUUGGAGUAGAGCCGCUGCUCCUUUGCAUCUAAAGGGGUCAGUUGAGGUGGUCUGGGCAUCUCCCCUGUUAGAAGUGUUCCAGGCACGUCCCACGGGUAGGAGGCCCCAGGGCAGACCCAGAUCAUACUGGAGGGAUUACAUAUCUCAUCUGGCCUGGGAACGCCUUGGGGUCCUCCAGGAGGAGCUGGAAAGCAUUUCUGGGGAGAGGGACGUCUGGGGUGCUUUGCUUGGCCUGCUGGCCCCGCAACCCAGCCCCGGAUAAGUGGAUGAAAAUGGAUGGAUGGAGGGUUCUGAAUCAAUUUAUUUUUGAUUGAAAUUCUCAGAGCAGUUCAAAAUAGGCGCAGGAACCAGAACAGAAUCCAUUCCAUGGCUGGAAAAGGGGUAUGAGUUGGCGCCACCCUCUCUUUCACAUAUGGUAACUUUUGGCUCCAAAAUUCAAGAUGGCAACAGCUGAAAACUAAAAAUUUCAAAACAAGAGUCCAUGAACCACUGGGUGACGCCACGGUAGCCACGUUAUUUUGUAUCGUCUAUGAUAAGAACGAGAGUUGUAAAACAUGAGACGGCUCCUGCCGUUACAAAGCACAAAGAGGAAAAGUAAGAUUUGGGGAAAAUCAGAAGUAAACACAAAAAAGGAGGAAGAUCAGGUGGCACUCCUGCCAGGUUCACAACUCUAGACAGAGACAUUAACUCAGACAAGAGAGACACAAACCCACCACUUUCACUUUCGUCUACUGCUGACGCCUUUAAUGAAGAUUUUCAUUUUGAGUUUGAAGUGCUUACGUGAUACGACUGGAAACCUGGACACGGUCACUGCAGGAUCCAGACUCUAAAACCAGUCAGAUGCUGGUCAGUGACCCGGUCCCAAGCCAUAGUUUGAGAAACUAGUUUGAUGCUGUCAUUGAAUAAGCACUGGCUUGCUGUAUAUAAAACAAAAAUAAGUGAUAUUUAUCUUUUUUAAGUUAUAUCUGUAUUAAACUGUAUGAUAUUGUUUCUCUUUUACCUGUAUAUUCCUUUUGGAUUUGCCUUUAUAUGUUUAUUUUGAGGGUUCUUCACACAAAGUGAUAAAAGAGCAGAGUCAGUUCAGCUUCGCUCUGUUUUUGGGUGAACAUCUUCCUGCUUGUGUAUAACGGCAUCGAUCUUUAAUGAACAUUCUGUAAAAAUGCCUUUCAAUGUUAAUGUAUUUUUUUGCUUUAGGUAGUUAAUCUUGUUUUUUCUAUGAAGGUCUUUUGUAGCAUGUGUUGUAUUAUGUGUGUCCUAAAAGGUCCUAAUUUAUGCAAACCACAAGGAUCCUUACUGAGGGCCCUUUACAGUCAUUGCCAUGGAAAAAUAGUGCUAACACUCCUCGUGAACUGGUGAUCAGCUUCUCCUACUGUCUGUAACUCAAUAAAAGAAAUCUGACCCCUCCCCCCCAAAACAGUGAUUGUCCCAUCUGAACUAGGCACAGCAGAGCCGGUCAAGUUCUGCAUGUUUCAUAAUCCUGCUGACAAACAAACUAACCAAAACCCUAACCCCCUUGGUGGAGGUAGUCAAAUGCUACUUCCUGGUCACAGGAGAACUUUGCAGAAGGGUUAAAACCAAAUUUUUGCCUUGUAUUUUUUGAGCAUCAUGUUUGUAGCCUUCAAGUGCAUAUUUAUCUGUAUGUGACAUUAAGAGCAUUAACACAACAUUAAACCACUAGGUCUAUUUGCUAUGUAAAGAUUUUGGAGUAAUGGCGUCCUGAGCAGAGAAUUAAGUCAUGCUACCUCUGUGUGUUGUAGUUCGAGCUUCUCUGUAGUUUGUUGUCUUAGGCUGGUCUGGAUGCACAUGAAUAUGUGUAUUCCACUGGCUAGCUCAUCGCCCCCGCUAUGCACUGUACUCAUCCGGUAGUUACUGCUCAUAUGUGGACACUGCUGGAACGGAGGCUUUAGCACCAUUUAAGGAGUCACACCGUUAGCUGCCAGCCGCCUGCCCAGCCACUUCCAUGUUGAGAACCGUGUGCAGACAAUGUAGAUGCUUUGAAUUUUACAUGCAGCCACUUUUUGGUUUCCUUUUUAAAAAUUCUCAUUUUAAAACAAUUUUGCUGGUCACAUUAAAAAGUCAGACAGGGUAGGCGUUUUCAACCGAGUCAUGUAGCUUAUAUUAGCUUGAUUAGCUAGCUACCUACAGUUCAUAAAAUCAUCCAGUGAAAGUUCUCAUUUCAGAUGGCAAAUGCAGUAGUUAUCGGAUAGAAAUAAGAAACCUGCUUACUUAUUUAUUUGCUUUUACAAGAUUAUCGUCUCAAGAUUUACUGGUAACAUAAUUCAGAAGUAACUUAGGCGUUUUAAAUCGCGUAAUGGUGCUAAUAUUAGCUUGAUUAGCUUGCUAGCUACAGCUCAUAAAAUCAGAAAGUUCUUAUUUCAGAUGCUAAAUGCAUUAGUUUAUGGAUACAAAUCAGAAACCUGCUUUUACGUCUUUAAUCUACUUUUACAAGAUUCUGGUUUCAAAACAGUUUUGCUGGGCGCAGUCAGAUUUAUUAGCCAUUUUCAAGCUUGAUUAGCAUGCUAAUGCAGUGAUUGAUGGAUACAAAUCAGAAACCUGUGUACUUUUCUCAUCUACUUUUGCAAGAUUAUCAUUUCAACAUUUGCUGGUGACAUAAAUAUUUAGAAGGUGUAACGGUUUGCAUUUUCAGCUGACCACUGGAGCUAAUAUUAGCUUGAUUAGCUUUUUUGCUACAGCUCAUAAAAUCAGCCAACGAAAGCUCUCAUUUUAUCAGCAAAUGCAGCAGCUGUUGCAUAGAAAUAUGAAACCUGUAUUUAUCAACUCCCGUCUGAAACCAGGACCCAUCACUUCAAAAAUCACAACAUAAAUUCAGUCUGUCACCCCCCCCCCCCCGUAAACUGGAUAUUCGCUGUGCGAGGGAGGGGGUUAGCUAACAAUCACUUCAGACAGGAUUCAGAGAGUGGGACUGUCAUUUUUAAAUGUAUUUUAUGCACACGAAUGCCUGUUUUUUUUUUGUGUUAUUUUUCUAAUAAUCAGCAGCUUGGAUUCGGAGUUGCUGAUGAAACCUCUGACCUCUCUGUCACGGUACAGUCUCUGUGACCACUGCCCUUAUUUCAUACUGCUCAGGAGCUUCCAGCCGUGAGAAGACGUGGUUAUACCUAAUUUUUGGGUUAGUUCUGAAGCCAUGUUCAUAGUCAGACGUUCUGGGUGUGGUAUCUGAUUCGGGCCAGUCAAAGUGAUGAAGUACAUUAUUAGGAAGUUGAUUGGAUGUUUUUGACUGGUGUAAAAUUCAAAGUGGGAACAGCUCGUCAUAGUUCAGUGUUGCUUUAAAUGAGCCGGAUGACAGCUGUGUCGUCUGUCAAUAAAACAAUGUGUUGUGCUGUAAAUGUGGGAUGUAACCCCCGACCUGCUGAGGGGUCCCGAGCCCCGGGUUUGAAACACAGGGAAUCGAGCAUUAGGGAGCAGUGUGUGUGUUCCCUGUUAGUGGGUUUACUUUUUCACUGUGUGUAAGAUAAGUUAAUAUUAAAACCCAGGACGGUCACAAGAAGAACAUCAUUAUUAAACAUUUAGAACAACAUGAAUGUGUCAGCUCAUGUGAACGUUACAAAGAGGAAUAAAGAUGAA